GAUUGCACACAGUGCACUUGUGUGCGUGGUUCACAACUUUGCAUAGAGAAAAUAUAGACAAGAGCAUCAAGUGUUGGUGCAAAAAGUAAUAUUUAGCUGGCUAUAAACUAAUUCUUAAAUCAUGUCAACCAGGAGAGCGACACAUGCAGGCAGCUGGUAUGCAGAUUCAGGUUCGGAUCUCUCUAGGCAAUUGGAUCGUUGGCUGUCUGCAGCAGAUUUAUCGCAUGGACCAGCACGUGCUAUCAUUGCGCCACAUGCUGGCUAUGCGUACUGUGGCUGCUGCAGCGCAUUCGCCUAUCGCCAAAUAAGCCCAGUUGUUGUAAAGCGUAUAUUUGUAUUGGGCCCUUCGCAUCAUGUACGUCUGCGUGGUUGUGCGCUAUCGGUUGCGAAAAAGUGUAAAACGCCUUUGUAUGAUCUCAAAAUAGACUCGGAUAUGAAUGCUGAGCUGGAGAAGACCGGCCAAUUCAGUUGGAUGGACAUGAAAACGGAUGAGGAUGAGCACUCCAUUGAAAUGCAUUUACCCUACAUAGCAAAAGUGAUGGAGGAUUUUAAGGAUCAAUUUACUAUAGUGCCUAUCUUAGUGGGUUCUCUGAAUCCGGAGCAGGAGGCGCAAUAUGGCAGUCUGCUUGCGCCAUACUUUAUGGAUCCCACGAAUCUAUUUGUGAUAUCUUCAGAUUUUUGCCAUUGGGGCUCACGCUUUAACUUUACCUACUACGAUCGCUCCUGUGGUCCCAUACACAAGUGUAUCGAGCAGCUGGACAAGCAGGGCAUGGACAUAAUAGAAACCUUGAAUCCUGCUGACUUUACUGCGUAUCUGCGUAAAUAUAGUAAUACAAUAUGUGGUCGCCAUCCCAUUGGCGUGAUGUUGGGUGCUGUCAAAGCACUACAGGAUCAAGGCUUUAAGAAUAUGAGCUUUAAAUUUCUCAAGUAUGCGCAGAGCAGCCAGUGCCUGGAUAUGGAGGACUCCAGCGUUAGCUAUGCCUCCGGUUCACUCAUAAUGGAGAAUUAAUAAAUUGUAUAAAGAGUAUUUUUUAUUAGAGCUGAAAUUGCAGAAUGGUUUAAAUUUAAAACAAAGGAAAUGAAUAAAGUCGUUUGGAAUUCCAUUUAA